AUGGCUGGAACCUCGGCAGGAACAGCCCAGCCGCCCAACGACGAUCCGUCGAGCUCAGAAGCCAAGCCAGCAAUCCCAACGAGUGGCAGCAAGCCAGGAAAAACACGAGGCCGGCCGGCUGAUCCGCCCGAUGUCAAUCUCUCCAAGACGCUCUCAUACAUCCUGCGACACGGCGCGCUCAAGGAAAAGUUGGAAAUCAGGGCAGAUGGUUGCAUCAGAUUAGACGAAUUACUCCGACGCCCCAAGAUGAAGAACCAUACGUUCGAGGACAUCAAGCGGGUGGUGGCCGAGAACGACAAGCAACGGUUUGCAAUCAUCGAAGAAGCACAGGCCGACGGUACGAUCAUUAGGUACAUUCGGGCUAACCAAGGACACUCCUUGAAAGAAGUUGAUCAACCCGACUUGACGCCAUUCACCGAUCCCUCCGAGCUCCCAACCGCGGUACAUGGGACGUAUUUGAAGGCAUGGAAGAGUAUUGCUCAAGAAGGACUCAAACCCAUGAAACGAACGCACAUGCAUUUUGCCAAGGGAUUGUUGGGAGAAGAAGGUGUUAUCAGCGGAAUGCGUGCUUCAUGCGACGUCUUCAUUUAUCUGGACAUCGAGAAGUGUUUUCAAGAUGGCAUUAAAUUUUUCCUUUCCUCCAAUGAGGUCAUCCUGACCGAAGGGCUCCCGGACUCGAAAUUGAUUCCUGUCGAGUAUUUCAAGAAGGUUGUUGAUAAAUCUGGUACCAUAUUAUACCCUCCCGCUGCUCCAAGCAAUGGCGGGACUGGAUCGUAA